AUGAUGAAACAAGUUCAUCGUUUAUUUCCAAAAUUAUUUUUUUCUACAUUAGCAUCAAAGGAAAUAUAUAUUCCACAAUAUCGAGAACCAUCAUCCGAUGAAAUUAAUAAACUUCAAGAAUUUAUAUCACAAUCAAAACGUUUAUUUAUUAUAAGUGGUGCUGGUAUUUCAACUGAAUCCGGUAUACCAGAUUAUAGAUCCGAAGGUGUUGGACUUUAUGCUCGAACAACGAAUCGUCCUAUGAUGUAUCAAGAAUUUUUAACUAAUCCAAAAAGAUAUCGAAUGUAUUGGGCAAGAAAUUAUGUUGGUUGGCCAACAUUUUCUGCUUUUCAACCAAAUCAAACUCAUAAAACAUUUGCUAAUUGGGAAACACAGAAUAAAGUAUUUUGGCAUGUUACACAAAAUGUUGAUAGUUUAUUAACGAAAGCUGGUUGUGAACUAUUAAGUGAAUUACAUGGUUGUAGUGCUAGAGUUGUUUGUGUUGAUUGUGGUUAUAAAGGUAUUACACGUGAGCAAUUACAAGAAAUUAUAUCAAAGGAUAAUCCUGUUUGGACUGCACAAUCAAAUACAAUUAAUCCAGAUGCUGAUGUUUAUCUAACUGAAGAACAAUUAAGUGAUUUCAAGCCACCUCGAUGUCCUCAAUGUUCUGGUAGAAUCAGACCAGAUGUAACAUUUUUUGGUGCCAAUGUUGAUCGUGGUUUAGUUAAUUUUAUCAAAGAACAAUUAAGUAAAAGUGAUGCUGUGCUUGUUGCUGGUUCAUCACUUGAAGUUAUGUCAUCUUAUCGUUUUAUUCUUGCUGCACAAGAAUUUAAACUACCUAUUGCUAUUGUUAAUAUUGGUAAAACACGUGGUGAUCCCGCAGCAAAAUUAAAAAUUUCUACUCGUUGUGGUUCAAUAUUACCUUUGAUAAAAAUGAAUUAA